AUUUUUUAAAUCAAGAGUGAAACCUAUGUUAAACAAACCAUGGAGGGUGUUCGGUGUUGUGAUUCGUCCAUGCUGAAUCACAAAAACGAACGAAAAUGACGAAAACCCCCCGCGCAGGAUUCGUUUUUUAUGCAUUAUCCUAGAAGGUAAUUCUGGUAAUAUGGCUGCGAAAAUGGAGUAAUUGAGGAUUUUCGUGUUGGGAGUAACUAUUUAAGGUGUGGAGUGAGAAGGGUUGUUUCUGAAACCGGGAUAUUUCUUUCUGGAUUCCAAAUCCUCCACAAGUUCAAACUUUGAACCCUCCAUGAAAACGUUCACAACGACCUAGGACAAGGAGGUGGAGGAUUCACAGCAUCAUUAGAUAGAAAUAAAACAGAAGGGGAGAAAAACUUGAAUCGCCAUCAGUUUUUGAGUCCACUGAUUUUUUAUUUUCUUUUUCUGAAUCUUGGUGUUGUUGAUCAGGAAGCGUAAUGCUAAUCAGUGGGAAGAGACAAGAGUAGGGGGAAGGAUUUAUGUAAGACGUUGGGGUUACAUUCUGAGGUCUGUUUUGUUUUUUGACCACUCUCUCUCUCUGAGAAAGAGAAAAAAUAUGAAUGUGGUAGGAAAAGUUGGAAGCUUGAUAUCUCAAGGUGUGUACUCAGUUGCAACCCCUUUUCACCCCUUUGGUGGAGCUGUUGAUGUGAUUGUUGUUCAGCAACAAGAUGGGACAUUUCGGAGUACGCCUUGGUAUGUUCGGUUUGGUAAAUUUCAGGGUGUUCUCAAAGGUGCGGAAAAGUAUGUUAAGAUAAAUGUUAAUGGUGUUGAGGCCAAUUUUCAUAUGUGUCUUGACAACUCAGGGGAGGCUUAUUUCUUGAAGGAGGUGGAUGAUGAUAAAGUGAUCGAUUCAAUUGAGGUUGUUCAAGAUUCCAUUGACAAAAAGAAUGGCUAUUUUGGUAAUGUUCAUAGACUUGAUCAUAGCAUCUCGGAUUCUGGGGUUCUGAAGUUGAAAGAACAGUGUGAUUCCUUAGUUGUGCAUGCGCCUCAAAUUCAAAGGUCAGAAUCUGAUGUUGAUAGAAGAUUUUACGAAUUCCCAGAUGAUCGAUCUUCUUUAGAAGAUUCAGUUGAGUUGUCAGAAUACGACUCUAAUUCAUUCGGGAGCCUAGAGGGAGACAAUUUAGCAGAGUCACAGGGUGCACAUCCAGAGAUGGUCUUGGUGAGUGUUGAUGGUCAUAUAUUAAUGGCCCCUAUCUCAGAAACAGAGCAAACUGAGGAGAAUGUGCACUUAAAAACUCCUCAAUUUCACCUGGGACCAGGUGAAGAGACUGACUUAUGUGAAGGCAAUGGAGAGAUUGGUGAAAAUGCUUGGGCUACUGAUUAUAUUAGUCAGCUAGAUGCUCAAACAACUAAUGUCCAUCCUAGAUGUUGUAACAUUAAUGGUGACGAUAAUACUUUUAAGCACUUACACGAAGUUUGUCAAAGAGAGGAGGCACAUAUUAGUCAGACACAGGAAAACUUAGAGAUUAAAAAUCCGGAGGUGAAAACUGAUUCAGAAGUGGCUGCAUCUGGUAUCAAUAGGGAGAAUGUUUUCAAAAGCUGUUUGGAGCUGCAACAUUUUGGUCAGCAGGCUGGAAAUGCUGCCGAUUUACAAGAUACAGGUUCUCCAUUGGGGAUUCAAAAUUCAGCAGAUCAAUCUAAUGGAAGUUGUUUUGUAGUUAAUGAAGAUGAACAAGGGAGGAUUGUGCAACCUAAAAGUGGCGAUGAGUUAUCACCUCCUGGUUGUUGUAUUUCUUCUAAUGGUUAUGGAUAUCCAAAAUCAGAAUUGGAAAUUCAAGAGGUUGAGAAAAAUGCAUCUGGAGAAAUUGAAAAUGAUCCUGGCUAUCGUUCAGUUACUACCGAAACAGAACAGAAUAAUGAACAUGUUGUCAAGUCAGUGACAAAUAAUACGGGAGAUGAGAGUCAACAAGCCCCUUCACUCAAAGAUGUCAGGGUUACAUGUGAGGUAGUCGAACCUCAAACAGAAACUUCAAAUAAAGGGGAUCAAAGCCACUUGGGUUUGGGAUUUGAGAUUUCACUUUGUGGUCAUGAACUUAAGCUGGGGAUGGGUUCAGUAGCUGCUGCUGAAGUGUUUGAAGCACAUCGCAUAUCUUCGGUUGACUUCACAAGUUCUGCUCCUUCAAUAAUUAAAAAUCCAAAUCUUAUUAUCAAGUUUAAAGAGAGGUACAUGACGUGGGAAAAGGCUUCUCCUCUUGUCCUUGGAAUGGCUGUAUAUGGUUUAGAUUUGCCUGUUGAGCCCAAAGAUACGGUUCCUGUGGAACAGGAUCAAGCAUUGAAGUCUAGGGAUAAUGAUCUAGGAUCAUCUUCGGCUGGGCGCAGAUGGAGACUGUGGCCUAUUCCUUUCCGAAAGGUCAAAACAUUUGACCAUACUAAUAGCAAUACAUCAAAUGAGGAGGUGUUUCUUGAUUCUGAGUCUGGAUCUUUUGCAGACCAAACUCCAACAUCCAGUACCCAGGGAUCUCCUGGAAAGCAAUUUCUAAGAACAAAUGUUCCCACUAAUGAGCAGAUAGCAUCCUUAAACCUCAAAGAUGGUCAAAAUUUGGUAACAUUCAGUUUCUCUACAAGGGUUCUCGGUACACAACAGGUUGAUGCUCAUAUCUAUUUAUGGAAGUGGAAUGCAAGAAUUGUUAUUUCAGACGUUGAUGGAACUAUUACCAAGUCUGAUGUUUUGGGGCAGUUCAUGCCUUUAGUUGGCAAAGAUUGGACGCAAUCUGGAGUGGCCAGGCUUUUCUGUGCCAUUAAGGAAAAUGGAUACCAGCUACUUUUUCUGAGUGCCCGUGCCAUUGUCCAGGCAUAUCUAACUAGAAAUUUCUUGUUCAACCUGAAACAGGUAUUUAAAGUUUUCCUGUGCUUUUUAAGUAUUUGUAUCAACAUAUGAUUUGUUUUUUCAACGUUAAGAUUAUGUUGCAUUAACUAAUUAGUUUUUAGUUUUUGUGGAGGAGUAUCAGUCUUGGUUUAAUAUAUCGACUUGACAUUACUUAGCUGCAUAUUUGGCUACUCGAUUAAGAUACCAUUUCAAGGUUGCCACAGAAAAAAGUGGCAUUAAGGUACCAUGGGAUUUAAAAAUGAUGUGGCGGGAGGUGCUAAAAAAUGUAUUUUUGAAGGAAUUUGCAUUAGAAAAAGAAGAUAGCAGUAAAAUCUUCUCUGUGGUAAAGCAAAAUGUUUACACUUGUGAUUAUCGCUCU